AUGAGCAAGAUGAACAUGACGAACAUUUACAUCUGCCUGAACUCGCAGCAUUCGAUGUGGAGAAUUAAGGAGUUCUACUCAGAAUACCCCCAUCUUUACCAUCUCAUCCCAGCUCUUUAUGGAAACAUGCAAGAUCAAGUGAUUGAAGGCGAGAAAAUGGAUGUCUCCCGCGUUCUAGCAGAGCUGAGCCACAUCAGCCUCUACGAAUUUCUCGACAAAACAGCUGCUGAAAUCAUUCCGCUCAGAUGUCGAUUCAACAUGAAAAACUGCCCACUUCCUCAAAUGAAGACGACAAGAUAUGGAAAAUGUCUUUUUUAUAAUCUAGAGUCUUUCGGCGAAAUAACAAUUGCUGGACCACAAUCUGGACUGGUCUUUUAUGGUGCCUACAAUAAAAGUGAUCAGACAACUGGAGCCCUCCAAUUUGUUGAUGGCCUUAGCAUUUUCUACGGAGACGGGGAUGAAGAAUUGAUGCUGAUGAAACAGCGAACCACUGCCCUGCCCGAUUUAUUAAGUCAAAUCUCUCUUUUUCGUCAUGAAUACGAGAUGAAAUCUGAAAGCUGCGCGACCAAAGAUCUCUAUUUUUAUCGAACAUAUUCUUACGAAAAAUGCCAGAUUUUCUUCACUUUCAACUAUCAAAACUGCGGCGACUGUCCCAAAGAUUGCGAAUACAAAAACUACGUCCGCAGCGUGGAGUACGCCAAAUAUCAUCAACCCAUCCACAAAACCUUGGAAGGCUUCAGAAGCCAAGAAGGCAGUAAAGGUAUCGACGUCGCCGCUUUUCAAGUCUUCUUUCCAACAUUGACUUCGACUGUUCACAAAGAAGAAGAGGAUUACACCGCGCAGCAGUUUUUCUCCGAGCUUGGUGGUGCUGCUGGACUUGUUCUGGGCAUUUCUCUGAUUUCUAUAAUUAGAAUGAUUGAUUACUCCAUCUCCCUCACGGUGGAAAGAAUAAUCAGUGCUCAGAAUAUGAUCCUGGAAACGUUCCAAACCGACGGCAAAAAAGUCUCUUCCCAAUCAACCCAAGUUGAACCCCUCUACAUACCGACUUCUGCAAUCAACGAAGACAAGGGAUCAAAGAUUUUCUCACUUAAUUAUUUGAUAUGA